AUUAUGGCUGUCUGAGGCAGAAAAAGAAGAAGUGGACAAAGGAAACAGACACACCAACAGUAGUGGAAGGAGAACAUAUACAAAUCUCACAAUCCUUUCCACGACUGCACAUAAAAGCCUGACACAGAUUUCAAGAUGAUGAAGUUGUUUGUUCUGGUGAUGUUGAUGGCAUGUCCUGCAAGCCCUCAAGAUUUGUCUGGUAAAAUGUUGAUUUUCACACGGGAAGGCAACUUCCUUUAUGCCAGAAAAUCUAUAGCACGACGGAAUUUCCAUACUGUAACCGUCUGCCUCAGAUCAGCAGCAGACCUCAAAAGAGGCCACACCUUGUUCUCUUUGGCCACGAUCUAUAGCACCAAUCAGUUUGUCAUUUCUUGGGAUGACACCAAUAAGGAGAUGGAGUUCUACGUAGAUGGCAGAAAGGUUACAUUUGGAGGGAUCGACUACAAGCCAAACGCAUGGCACUCUGUUUGCACCACAUGGAGCUCUCAGACUGGACUCCUGCAGCUGUGGUUCGAUGGACAACGCUUGAUGAACAAGUAUUCCAGCAGUGGGCUAAUCCGAGGGCCUGUUAAAAUUGUUUUAGGACAGAGGGAGGAAUACUACAAUAGGGGCUACGAAAUGGAACACUCUUUCAUGGGCUCAAUGUCUGACGUCCACAUGUGGGACUACAUCCUCUCCAACUGUGACAUCCAGAACUACAUGAAUGAACUUAGCUUCCCUCCCGGGAAUGUGCUGAACUGGAGGGCGCUGGACCUGUCCAUUGCAGAUGGUGUGCUGACAGAAGAUAAAGUUAUGGCUUGUGUCUGAACUUCUAAAACAAGACUAUCAGUAUCUUAGAAGACCAAAAAUCCUUGUGUGUAUGUUUUAUGUCCAAUGUAAAGAAGACGUUACCAGUGUUAGCGAUUUACACUAUCAGUCAAAAGUUUGGACACACUUUCUCAUUCAAAUGAAAGUGUGUCCAAACUUGUGACUGGUAGUGUAUGUUGAAUCACUGUCUAUUAAAUGAUUGUUUUGGAUGUUUUUAAUUAAUUUAGCAAUCAUAUGACACAGUUAUUUAGGUUUCUCUGAUUAUUUUUAAUGGUCUAUACCAUAAAAAAGAUCUCUAAUUAACAUGUUGCUGUAAUCUGCUGUCCAUUCUGUGCAAAACUGUAUGCCCAGCUAAAUGUGUAAUAAAGCUGUAGAACUGAGAUAACCAAA